AUGGAAGGGUCGCCUAAGAGUCACAAAAGAUAUGAAAACCAUUUGAAAGCGAACGGCAUUACCUCAGGCAAGACUGCUCUGCACUCAUUUUCUGAUACCAGAUGGACUGCGCGCACUGAUAACUUGGAAGUUGUGAUGAAUGUAUAUCCAGCACUUUUAUCUAUGUUCAAGGAAGAGUCUGAGCAGAACAACGACAGCGUUGCAACCGGAUUACUUGUGCGUUUAAUCCCCUUUCGAUUUGUAGCUGCAUGCCAAAUCUUAGUGAAGUGCUUUUCUCUUAGCACACAUGCCUCAGAAUAUUUGCAGAGAGAAGACAUGGAUCUAACAUCAGGAGUUACUGCUAUUCAGGAUCUGAAAGCAACGAUUGCAUCUUUUCGCACUGAUGAACAGUUCGACUUGUUUAUAAAAGAAGCCAAUUCAUUUGCCGAAAAAUGGGGCAGCGAAGUCCUUGAUGUUAGUUUUAGUGAUGCAAGUCCAACAGCCUCGCAAACCAAACGCCGCCGAAGACUCCCCACCCACCUUGCUGAUGGCCAAUCCAUUUUAGAUAUGUCUACUCUGCAAAACAACCACCAGAUGGCGAAUCAGCCGUGUGAAAUGAUUAGUCUUUCUGCAACCUUCCAUCCACGAAACCUAACUGAAGAAAAUGUCCCUAAAGUUGAGAAGAUAGCUCAGUUCUAUAAGCGUAGCAGUCAUCGUGUUGGUCAACAAUUCCUACUAUUUUCAAAAUCGAAGCAGUGUGAUGAUUGGAAGAAUGCAUACAAAAAACACAAGAACCAAGUAAAGGAAAGAAAAGAGAAAGGCCUCAAUGAAAAUUCUCCAGUUACACCUUGGGUCUGUUUGCCCUCAUUGCUCGAUGUUUUCAGCGAUGAUGACCUACACCAUCUUUAUCCCGACUUGUUCGAAGUCAUUAAGAUCGUGGCUACCUUGCCAGUAACAGUGGCAUCAUGUGAGCGCACACAUAGCAAAGUAAAAAUUAUAAACAAUUAUUUGCGAGCUGCCAUGUCACCUGAGAGACUUUAG